AUGGAGGACAGCCAGAAUUCGGCUCCAGGCAGCCUGCAGGCUACUAAGCUGGCCGGCGCAAGAAAGGGGCCCGAUGGGCAGAAUGCCGCAAAGAGGUUGCAGACGGAGCUCAUGCAGUUAAUGACAUCGCCCGCCCCGGGCGUCUCUGCCUUCCCCUCCGCCGACGGCAAUCUACUUUCGUGGCGGGCCACCAUCGAUGGCCCCGACGACACGCCGUACUCGGGCCUCACCUUCAAGCUCAGCUUCGAGUUCCCGUCAAACUACCCAUAUGCACCGCCUACCGUGCUGUUCAUCACUCCCAUAUACCACCCCAACGUCGACUUCUCGGGCCGCAUCUGCCUGGAUAUCCUCAAGGACAAGUGGACUGCCGCGUACAACAUCCAAACCGUAUUACUGAGUCUGCAGUCUCUCCUCGGCGAGCCAAACAAUGCGUCUCCCUUGAACGGCGAGGCCGCGGAGCUCUGGGACAAGGAUCCGUCACAGUUCAAGGCCAAGGUUAUGGACCGGCACAAGGACAUCGAUGAAGACUAG